AGUAUCCUCACGGGAUGUUGGAGCGCAAAGGGAAGCGAGUGUCUGGAUCAAACACCCUUGCACCGCGGGAUACACUGCCUGUAUAUAUAUAUUUGUGUUUGAUUUCCUACCGUGUCUCAGUAUAAAGGAUGUGAAAUCUCUACGGUCAGAAUACGGCUAUGAAACUUUCUGACAGUCAACGGAAAGUGAGCAACAUCAUGGCGGGAUUCCACUUGCUGUUCACGGUGGUCCUGGGCCACGUGCUGGGCUCUCUACCUGCCACCAGCCCUCCACACCUGCCCUCUCCGUGCCUGGUGGUGAGUCUAACCAAUGAGCACGCCAGCGCCAGCCCUGGGGACGACAUGGAAGUGUUCUGCGACGGCCGGAACUUAAGAAGUGCACCCGCUGACCUCCCGCUGGGGAUCCAGAAGCUGGAUCUAUCCCGUAACAUUUUUCAAAACCUCACCCGGGAAACGUUGGCGAUUCAACCCACCAUCCAUCAUCUGAAUCUUCGCUCCAACAAGAUACUGUUCAUCGAAAGAGGUUUAUUCAAGGGAAUGAAGCAUCUCAAAUUCCUAGAUCUGUCCAAGAACUCCCUAGAUGUCUUCGCCAUGUCGAAAUCAAGCAUCGGAAAACUAGGAGCUGUGGAGUCCCUCGAUCUUUCAGGCAAUGGGCUUCACACAGGGAUGACCAAGUACUUCCUCAGAGACUCGUCGUCACUGGUUAACCUCUCGCUAAAUAGCAACAGUCUCACCAAAAUAGCCAAAGACACCUUUACUGGCUCUCCGUCUUUGAGGAAAGUCAGCCUGCACAACAAUGUCAUCCUCGAGAUUGAAGAUGGUGCAUUCAAUGUGUUGUUCCGUCUGACAGAACUUGAUCUGUCCAAAAACUCCAUCACUUGCAUCACAGACUUUGAUCUUUCUCAGUUACAAAUACUCAAUCUCAGUAAAAACAGCUUAGAGGCUUUCCAGACCGUAUACUCAGAUUCAGACUAUGAGCUUGUCUCCCUUGACCUGAGCCAAAACAAAAUCCAUUAUUUCCCUCUGGUUCCCAGGAGGAACAAGCUUGCAUACUUGGACGUUUCACGGAACCAGCUCCAGGGUGUCAAGUCCUUGGCUCACAAUGAAUCUGGCCAAUACCUCAUGCAUCAGGACUUCCCAAGUCUGAACUACCUUGAUCUCAGCUACAACCAAAUGAAAACCAUACCGCAGUCCUUUUUCAACAGUAUGGUACAGCUGGAGCACCUUAACAUAAGCAAUAACUGUAUUGGGUCAUUUCUUGUAGAGGAAGAAAACGGUCUGAAUAAUUUGAAGGUUUUAGAUCUUAGCUAUAAUUCCUUGCGGGACAUGUCGUUUGGAAAAAACACUCUGUUGGCACUGGAAGAGCUCUUCUUACAAGGAAACCUUCUCACCACCAUAGAGCCCCACACUUUUCAAGGACGACCUAGACUCAAAUACCUGCUACUGCAGCAGAAUAACCUACACAUUUGCCCAUCGAAUGCAGAAUCAUCCUUCAGCAACAAUCACAAACAUCAUCAAGGCUGUGUUGCAUUUUCCUCAAUUCCGACCUUGCAGCAUCUGUAUCUCUCAGAAAACCACCUGAAAGUACUGCCCAACAACGCCUUUGAGGACACGCCCCUGACGCUGCUCGACCUGUCACUAAACCCAGGCUUGGUAGUCGGCCUGAACGCCUUUUCUGGCCUAGAGGACUCCCUGGUGCACCUGUUGCUCCGGGAGAACCACAUCUCCAGGCUAGACGUGGACCUGUCCUCCUUGAACCAUCUCAAACUGGUGGACCUGUCGACCAACCGGCUGUCCACGCUGCCCUCGUGGAACAAGGAGUCGUCCAUCGAGUCCCUCAACCUGGGCAACAACCACCUGGUCACGUUGGAGUACAACACCCUGGUGGCUCUGGGGAGCUCGCUCAAGACCCUGUACAUGGGCUCCAACCCGCUCAGCUGCUGCAGCAACCUCCGCUUCUUCCAGCUGAUGCAGCACUCCACCGUGGAUGUGCCAGACAUCGCGACCGUCACCUGCGUGCAUAAGCAGGACUCAGAGCCCAUCAACAUAUUGCGAGUGACGGAGGAGAUGUGCCACUCGCUGGACAACAGCAGCAGGAGCCUGACCAUCCUGGCGAUUCUAGGCGCUGCGCUGGCGUUGGUGGUUGCUCUGGGGUUUCUGGCCAAGGUGUGUUACAACAGGAGGCAUACAAACAGCAGCACCUUCAACGCUUAACAUGGGAUGGUGGAGAUGGAAAGUGGACACACAUCAUUCACAGCAUUUUACAAGGACAUUUCUUUUUCAAAAACAGACCAACAGAACACUAAUAAAUAUGCUAGGAGGAUAUAUUUUUUUAUGAAUGAACUGAACAUAUGAAGAAAUGGACUGUGAAGAACAUUUGUUUGGAAGACAAGGUCCAGGCAGAAGCACCUUGUUUGAAUAUCGUUGCUCUUAUUGUCAUUGUGGCUUUUCUUUGUUAUUGACUUUGCACUUUAAUUUCCUAUCUGCAUUUGCAUUUCUUUUGUCUCUUAUUCUGUGAUGUUGCCCGUAUAUGAAAACACUACACAACCAUGUAUGCUGCCUGGGCAACUCCGCACAGAAAGGGAAAUGCCUAAAGACUGAUUUUAUUGUUAUUAUUUAUAUUGCAAAAUAAAUGGCAGUAAAUGUGCGUUAACAUGACGACUCUUCAGCAUAAUGUUUAUUUUAUAUAGAACAUUUUGUUUAAAACAAGAAGGAGUAUAGAGCCAUAUUGAAAGCAGCGUAUGUUAUUUUGGUUGCCAAGCAAAUGUUUGAGUGGUUGUGGGUGAGGAUUGGGGGGGGGGGGGGAUUACUGCCUUAAUAGCUGUGCUGUAAACAAUCACGUGAAAUAUGAAGUAAUGUUUCCAUGAAUGUGCCUGGUAAAACACUGCAUAACAGCUUUGACAAAAGGGUAAUAUUUCAUAAAGUAUGAAGCCUAUGUUGUUGUCAGUUUUAACUCACUGAGAUAUCUUUCCGUAAAAUGAAGUACAUUGAUAGAGCACUUUCAGCAUGGAGGGACUAGCUGAGAGUUUUAUAGAAAUGCAAUAUUUUGCAAAUGAAUGACGAUGAAGACAAUAAAGGUUACAUUUUAAAACACGCAUUACAAA